CCUUUGCCCCUGAUUUUAUUGGAAAAGUUUCCAAUAUUUUUCUAGUCCACAUGACGCCGGCGCACGACUUUAUACGGAUGCUGUCUAGCUGAGGUAGACUGCAAUCACUGCUCGGGGCUUUUCUGGUGUUUGUACGGGUUUUUUGCCCGAGGGCGGGCUCUUUUUCGCGGAAGGCCUUCUCUCUGAUGCCUGGGCAGGGCUGCGGAGGCCGCGGGGUGACUCGGUGCGCGUCCGGGACCGGCCCCAGCCUCCACACCGGCGUGUAACUGCCGGACACAAGCACUAGAACCCGGGGCCGCCGAACUUUCCGAAGGAAGUCCCACACUUCCGGUCACUCAGAACCCCAGCAGGCGUUGAAAGUGGGAGGGACGCGCGACCUCUCGGCAACGUCACUUCCGCAGUGGGGCCAAGAUGGCGGCGGCGGCAAUGGACGCGGACGAGCUCCGGCAGCUGAGGCGGCGCUUCCAGCAGGAGGCCGAGUCCUUGCUGGGGGCCUCGGCGCUCCGGGGCCACGGAGCGGAGGCCGAAGCGUCUGCAGCUGUUGAGAAAAAAGAAAAGCCUCUUCCAAGACUUAAUAUCCAUUCUGCCUUUUGGAUUUUGGCAUCCAUUGUUGUGACAUAUUAUGUCGAAUUUUUUAAAACUGUGAAAGAAAACAUACAGACGAGUGGGUGGCUGCUGGUUGGGAUCGGCCUUCUGAUCCUAAGCUUAUCGAUUGCAUUUUACUGCAUUUUGUAUCUGGAGUGGUUUUGUGGGAUUAGAGACUAUGACGUCAAGUAUCCGGCGCUGAUUCCUCUGACCACGGCUACCUUCAUUUUAGCAGGAAUUUGUUUCAACAUUGCCUUAUGGCCCGUGUGGACACUUUUCACUCCUUUGAUAUUAUUUACCCAGUUUAUGGGUGCAAUAAUGCUUGUCUCCCUCCUUGGCUGACAUUCAAGGUUUUAGAUUGGAAGCAAAUGUGUAAACACCAGACCAA